CCUGUUCUUUACCUUAAUUCCUCGUUCAGCAUCUCUGUUCAUAUCUCUCUACUUUGUUUUCUAGCAAUUUCGCUCCACCCUUCCAAAAUCAAACUCUAAAUCGUCUUUAUACUUCCCAAAUAAUCCACAAGACCCCAAAAAUUACACAAUACUUGCGUUUGAUUCGGAAGUCGUUACUGUUUUUGACUAAAGAAACCCUACAUUGCGAAAGUUCAAAAUCACGAUUUCAGACAGAAUUAAAGGACUAGCGACAAUCAGCGAGGGUAGCAAUGAUUGGCAUGGUGCGGUGGAUCGGAGAAGGAAGCCGUAAAGGUGAGAAGAGGUGGAUUAGAGACCGUGGAGAGAAGCGGUGGAUCGGAGAUGGCGUGUGACGGUGGAGAGAAAAGGCAGACCAGAGAAGGCAGUCACGAAGGAAGCGAGAUGAUGCGAAGCAGCGAAGUUGUUGAAGCCACAAACACAAAGGAUGAUGCACAUUUUCCAGCGUUCUCAUUUCCCCAACUCGAGAGCGCAUGUUUCUUCUAUCUGGCCAUUUCUCUAUCAUUUCAUGCACUCGCUUUCACCCAAUUCAGAUUUCGCCCGUCUCUCCCAGCUCUUACAAGGCCGGAUUCCCAGUUCUCAUCUCUUCCAAAUCCACGCUCGUGUUUUUCGUAUUGGCGCACACCAAGACAACCUCGUAGCUACUCGCCUUGUCGGCCAGUACCCGUCGAAGCUAGCUCUCCGCGUUUUCCAUCACCUGCAGAAGACCAAUCUUUUCCCUUUCAACGCCAUUGUCCGAGUGUUGUCUGAAGAGGGUUUAUAUUUUGAUGCGUUUUUGGUGUAUAAAAAAUUGAAAAAGUUAAAGUUCCUCUCUCCCAAUGACUUGACGUUUUCUUUUCUCCUUAAAGCUUGUACCUGCACCAGUGAUUCAACUUAUGUUCAGCAGGUUCAUGCCCACAUUGUAAAGUUUGGGUUUUUAGUUAAUUCUUUUGUAUGUAAUGGUUUGUUGAGCGUGUACGCUAAGACCCUGAAAGAUUUCGACUCUGCUUGUAAAUUGUUUGACAAAAUGCCUCAAAAGGAUGCGAUUUCUUGCUGGACUUGUUUGAUUUCGGGAUAUGCCAAGUCGGGUCAAUCUGAGAAAGCUCUGUCAAUAUUCUUGUCAAUGGUUAAGGGGAAUUUGAGACCUGAGAAGGAUACUAUGGUUAGUGUACUAUCUGCUUGUUCUAAUCUUGAUUUUGUACAGGUUGAGAAUUGGAUCAGGAAAUUAUCAGACACAGUUAACCAUUAUGAUCUGAAAGAUUUUAGCUUUGACUCUGUGAAAACUGUUCUUGUUUAUUUGUAUGGUAAAUAUGGAGAGGUUGAUAAGAGUGGGGAGAUGUUUGAUCAGAUAUCAGUUGAUGGGAAGAGAAGUGUGGUUUCUUGGAAUACCAUAAUUGGUGCCUAUGUCCAAAAUGGAUGUGCUUUGGAGGCUAUAAGUCGUUUUCGGUUGAUGUCAGAGCAAUGGAAGUGUAGUCCCAACCAUAUUACAAUGGUUAGUGUGCUCUCAGCUUGUGCUCAAGUUGGUGAUUUGGACCUUGGUGUUUCGGUCCAUGAGCACAUGAAAUCGAGGCAGCAACGAGAGGGAGUUGGAGUACUUUCAAACAAAAACCUUGCAACCGCGUUGAUAGAUAUGUACUCCAAAUGUGGGAGUUUGGAGAGGGCGAGGGAAGUGUUUGAUGAGAUGGUUGCAAAAGACGUGGUCUCAUUCAAUGCCAUGAUCAUGGGCCUAGCGAGCAAUGGUGAAGGGGAGAAUGCGGUGAGACUUUUUGCCAGAAUGCUAGAGCUCAAUCUGAAACCAAAUGCUGGCACAUUCCUUGGCAUCCUAUGUGCUUGCAGCCACUCAGGACUAUUGCAGAAAGGCCGGGAGAUGUUCAAGGAGAUGAUGAGCCAGCGCUUCUCCAUUGCCCCGAAACUAGAGCACUAUGCUUGCUACAUUGACCUCCUUGCUCGAAUGGGUUGCAUUGCAGAAGCGCUUGAAGUGGUUACCUCGAUGCCUUUUGAACCAAACAAUUUCGUGUGGGGGGCUCUGCUCGCUGGCUGCCUGCUUCAUAACAAACUAGAACUUGCCAAUUUCAUCUCUUCCAAGCUUGUUCAGGUGGAUCCACAUAGCUCUGCUGGCUAUGUGAUGCUGUCCAAUGCAUUUGCCAUAGAUCAUCACUGGAACAAUGUUUCAGGGCUGAGAUCUUCCAUGAAGGAAAGCGGGGUAACCAAGCAGCCCGGUUGUAGUUGGAUCAGCAUUGAAGGAAAUGUGCAUGAGUUCCUUGCAGGAUCUGCAACAAAUUUUCAAGAUGGAAUAAUACAUGAUGCACUUGAGGGAUUACUGAAGGAGAUGAAAUUACCAAGUGCAUAGAGAAUUUGAUAGAUUUGGUUUUCCUUUAUAUGGAACACAGUUUUCUUGCAGAUGAUGAAAUCCUAGGUUCUCUUCAUCGGUAUCGACCCGAGUUUCUGGUUAAUUCAGAUGGCCUGCCAUCUUAUUAUUAUGCAAACAAUUUUCAGCAUACAUGUGAUCUAAUGUCUGAUCAGUAUGAGGAUGCUGCUGGUGCAUUAAUUAUUAACAAACUCCUUGAACAAGACCAUGAAAUAUGGAAGUGCACUGCUGUGCCUUUUUUGGGUCAAAAUGAUUUUUUGGACAGUGAAGUGGCUAAAAGUUUGGCAGCUGUGGUCAAAGAGGUUGAAAAGUUGGCUAGGGAGUGUUUCUUCUUUCUCCGGGAGUCAUUCCCUUUUGAUGAAGAAAGUCUAGGGCAAUUUUAUGAUGAUGGUGUUAUCCCCAAAAGGCAAAUGCAGCUGUCUGUGCCCAUCUCCUAUGUUUUCACGCUGCAUACUCCCACAAUUGGGUCAGUUCGGUAGACACUAGUCAUACAAACUAGAAUGCUCACCUGUCUAGUAAUCAUAGUGUAAAGACUGCUGGAAGUUUGGAAACACCUAUGUGACCAUUAAAUUCCUUUACAAACUUUAGGAGCUCAGCUUCUAAUCUAAUCUAUUUAUAUUUGGUAUGCUUA